AUGCACCGCAAGACCACCAUCGGCAGCCUGACUGGUGGGGUGAUCGGGGCUGCUGGAGGCAUCACCUCCAUUGUGGGUCUCAUCUUGGCCCCUUUUACCCUGGGGGCAUCGCUGGCGGUCACGGCUGUGGGCGUGAGGAUAGCGGCAGCAGGUGGCGCCACUGGCGCGGCGUCCAACAUCGCCAACAUGGUGCGGCAAAAGACCCUGCGCAAGACCAUCGAGGACAUCCUGAAUGACUUUCAGGAUAAGGUCAACCCCGUGCUGAUGAGCCUUAACAAGAUCAACUGCCGGGUGGCCAAGAUGCAGGAGUACCGCAAGUUUGCCACUAGCACCCACAAGCUCCAGGCUGGAGCGAGCACAGGACGUGGGGCGGCCGGGCUUCUGCAGGUGGUGCGACUGGCGAAGGCUGUGAACGUGGGCCGCGUAGCAGCUCAGGCUACUCGGGCGGUCAGCGUGGCCAGCAAGAUGACGGCGGUGCUAUCUGGGCUCAUGCUUAUCCUUGACGUGGUCUUCAUUGCCAAGGACGCCAAGGAGAUCCACGAGAUGAACAAGCUGAAGAAGGCGGCCGACCGGGAGGCCACUGGCAGGAUAUCCAUGGCACGAGCCAACGAGAUCAAGUCCAACAUGCUGAAAUUCAUCAACGAAAUGAGGAACACCUCCCGCCAUUUUGAGACCCUUCUUGCAGAGCUGGUGGAGACGAAGAAGGUUCUGGAGGUGGAGAUCAUUCCCAAGAUCUCUAUGAACACAUGA